AAAGAUAAUCAAAUAAUUGCUUAUCUUGGCAAUGGAAUUGAUAUUUUUCAGUAUAUUAAUAACAUUUUAAGUUUCUAACGACAUUCUUAAAUUUUCAAUUUCAUGGUUAAUUACGUGAGGAUUUAACGGUCUCGCGUCAAACGGAAAUUUCUUAGUAAAAUAACAUAAAAACGAUCAUAUUACGCGAUAAUAGACCUUUUUUUGAAUGACACUUCGACCCUCUAAGAACAUCUAAACCGAAAUUGCUGAUGAUUGCUAAAUAAAGACUCGGAAAAGCGAAGCGUGAAGUACGGAUUAAAAAUUGAAGCAGGCUUCUCUAUAAAGACGUUAAGAUCUGCAGUCUCAGCUUGGUAAUUUAUUAAAAAAUCAAUAUGGAACUUUCUAAAGGUAAAAAUCCUAUAUAAUCUCGUCUCUUGGUAUAAUCUUUUAAAAAGCUUGAAACGGGAAAAAUGUUCCUCCACCAUCACUUCCUUUCGAUCAGAUUAUUAUUUCGAUUUCUAUGCCUUAUAUUGAAAUGCUUGCUCCGCUUAUCUCUUAUUAUCUCUAUAUUAGCUUGGAGCGUUUGUGAUUUAUAUUAGAACGUGAUGUAAUAACAUACCGAUAGGAAAUAACACACCACCGAUAGGCCGAUAAUCCGAUAAAUUCUUGUAAAUACCUAUGUAACGCGUACAAUCACGUAUCAUCGGAGCGCGUGGUGGAAUUCUGAAUGAAAUUCUCCACAUUCACUAUAUUUGCGGAAUCGAUACGUGUUGUAUUGGAAAGGACGGCGGUUUAUGAAGACGAGAUUUUAUCGGAAUUUAGAGUUUUAUUGAGAUUACUCGCAUUCCGUCGCAACUAGUUAUGCAACAACCGACAAAUUGUUGCAUAAUUAUUUUGAAACAAGACAGAGCAGUUUCGCAUUAGCAGUCGACGAAAUGUAAAGUUUCUAAAUGUCAACUGUACGUUUUAAUGCCGCGCUAUUAGCGCAAGGGGUUUUAUCUAAUCGGGUCAACAGUCAUAGAUAAUCGUCGUUAAUUUUAGAAAUGUUUAAGAAGAUCUAAGCUCCGAUGCAAUAUUUAGCCUGGACAAUUUCGUCAAUGUGUACCGUAAUGCUUUAUGGCUCGGAUCCCCGACUUAAAUUGUAGGCUAGCGACUAUUAAUAGUCGACGCUGUAAAAUUCAACAACAGGCGAACGAGGUCGCCUUUUUCCUUCGUCGCGAGACGGCAGGCCAGCUCAGCAAUUGCAGCAGCCGCAUCUCGCAAAUCGUAUCGACGUAGUCGUCGUCUGCUGGGAGAUACGCUAAUGGUCGAUAAUGGAACUGCCGCGGCACCGUCAAAAUCAAAUUAUGCCACCCGGCAACUGCUUGUCGUUGCGAAUCGCAAAACAAUGUGUAGUGGAAAGUUGGCGUUUACGACACGAACGCUUCACCGAAUGCUAGAUUGAGUGUACGCGAGUCAAAGAGAGUCUCUUAUUUCAAAAAGUGUUAUCGUAUUGUAUUGUAUUGUAUAAAUAUGCGAAUGCGCAUACAUGUGAAAAUAUUCGUAUCAAUUUUAAAUUAAUAUAUUCUACUUGAUAAUCAUUGUUUUAUAUAUAUAUAAAAUAAGAAAUCAAAGGUUUUCUACAAAAAUCAAACGAGUCUGUUUGUUUAAAUCUGAGUUAUAAUGCCGAACCAGUAGCAUCGUGAACAAUUUUAUUUUAGCAAGAAUCAAAUAGAUAGCUUAUAAUUUUAUCUAAUAAAAUUAUCUAUGCAAAUAAUUCUUCAACUCGCUUAUAAAAAGAUUAUGUAAAUUCUUCAUGCAUCGACAGAUUUAAGAUUUCAAUACUUGUUCACCUUGAAAACAUCUGAUUUACUUAUUCUACAUCGCAUUACUGAAACAGAAAGAUCGUUUUUCUUCUUUUCAAAAAUUUUUAAAUGCAUUAAAAUCAAGAGAUUGUCCUUGCGCAUAAAUCCUGUCUGCAUUUAUUUCUUUGAAGUCAAAAAAAAAUUACGAUCAACGUCACUGUCACUGCGCACUAAUUGUUAAACAUUCAACUGGAAUAUGUGACCUUUUGCACGUUUGUGAUCUUUGACUAUCUAAUUUAACUUGCGUUACAUGUCGAUAUUUAUGAUAUUACAAUGCUAAUGCUAAUGACAGAUGAGCUGAAGCGUACCGCUGAUAAUAAUAUCGCUUACAUCAUGUUCUCGCCGUAAAUACGAAACUCACUUGAUAUCGCUUCACGUGAUAUGCAAGUCAUAUAUGAAAAGUGACUUAAAGUGACUUAAGAUAAUAACUAGACGACACAAACAAUUUUACAGCACGCAUACAUAUGUGAUCAGUAUUUAAAUGAGAUUUAAAUCAAUGAUUUCAGGGUUUGGGCGUUUUAGCCUAAAAUAUAAUUACCUGUAUCCAUAUGUGUACAAUGUAAACUAUAUUUAACAUGUUAUUUAGUCAAAAUCACCAUUAUGACAUUGCAAAGGGGGAUCCGGAGACCCAACGAAGUCGACAAAUUUACUUGAACUGGAUUUUUCUAUCGCCUAGGAAGAAAUCCCGAAGAAAAGAAAAACUAAAGCACUCGAGAGGAAAAGGAGGAAUGGGCCCUUGGGCCUUCGGCAUACUAUUCGUGUCAACUCUGGGUCUUCUUCUGAAUGGCUACGUUCUCCUUGUCGUUCUCGGUCUUAGUAAACAGACGCAGCAGCAGCAAACAGCGAAUACUUUAUUACUGAUCCAUUUGGGCGCUGUGGAAGCGGCAGUGUGCCUGAUACUACUGCUAAUUUUCGCGACUGGCUUUCGUGGCUCCUCGUUACCGGACAUCGAUGAUACCGAACAUACGUGGUGCGUCCUUCAUGGGUUUCUACUGACGUUGUUACACCCAGUCGCUCUUUGGACCGUUACCGGAUUAAACUGCGACAGGUAUUACGCAAUCGCCGCACCGUUGCACUACGCCGCCCUGGUCUCACCGCGUCGCGUGGUUGUCGGGCUGGCUGCCUCUUGGACGGGCGCUCUACUCCUGUGUCUACCGCCGUUCUCGGGUCUGGUGCCACCUUAUAGGUAUAAUCAAGUGUUGGGUUGCUGCGCCCCGGAUUUUGGGAACAGCACUGGGGCAGCAACUUGGGGAUCCGCCGUGGCAUUCUACGGCGCCGUUUACGCCAUUCUUGGCCUGGGGCUGCCGGCCGUCCUCGUCACGGUCUGCAAUUUACGCGUGUUGGGCAUAGCACGGUACCAUCGUCAUCGUAUCGCCAGCGCGAUUUACGAGGUCACCCUGAGUGCCCAGGUGACCAUCACCCAUCAGCGAAAUCCAUUUUUCGUGCCAACCGUCACCGCACCCUCCGCCGGCGGACCGCCGCGUUUCCACAGUGCCGCCAGCACGGUGAUGCAAUUAGUCGGCUCUCUGUACCUGCUCUAUUUUCCGUAUUGUGGGUUUAUCCUCUGGGAGGCUUGCUGUGCCAGUAAUCAACACUAUCUUCAUGCGCACCCUAUGGUCGCUUCUUCAGCGUCGCUCCUUCUCGCGUGUUCACCACUUAUCAACAGCCUCCUCUACGGCCUGAAAUCGCAAACAUUGCGACGAUCUGUAAAAAACUACUGGCGGAAAAAGGCGACAAAGUCGGAAUUGCAGCAGGAGAUACAGGCGAGAACACCGAGCGUUGCGGGCUCCAGGCGACCUUCCGGCAGCGGAAACACUUCCUUCUUCCCAUUCCCGCCUCUUCAGCGAAGACUCAGCGAGGCGUUAUUGGCUCUCGGCUCGUGCAGGACCGGGAGUAGUUUUGAAAGCAAUAAUCUAGGGUUCCAACGCGGCAGAUUACAGCCCGCCGUCUCGUGUAAUACUCUUAGAGUGCCGACCGCUGAAUCAGGUGAACCGAGCAAAUUGGUGAGGGCGAGCGCGAGUGCCACUAGUCUGAUGGGUCCCCAUUAUCGGAGCGACUUUAUUGGGGCGGAUUUGGACGCGGGAUGCUCCAUAGCUAUGUGCGAAACCCCGAGGAAAAGUCCGAGGAUCCUUAUAACGCGCGCGUACAGCGAGGAGAGUCAAGACGGAGGCAGCCCCCUUCUGAGAAAAGCCCUCAAUUCCAAUACUAAUCCACCGCCCUGCGAAAAACGUCGAUGGCGACACUGCAGUACCGGAAGCGAGAGCAGCACGGGAAGCAGCGAUGCGAGCGUAUGGACCACUGGCGUCGCCCCAAAGUACGGCAAGGCUAACGCGAAGAACUCGGACGGCGGCUGGUCGUCACGUACGCGAUACGUACGCGGCAAAAAUUUGGAAGAAGGUGCAUUGUCAGCCGCAAUCAGGCCGAACAAUAACAGCGAAAGCAGCGAUACCACGGAUACGACUACGGCCACGACGACAACUACCACGUUGCUUAAAUCUCUCGCCAUGGAGACUGGCGAACAGAUUGAAAGAGAGAAGGAAAGGAUGAAUGGUAAUUUGAAGAAAAGAGAGUUUAGCGAGAGCGACAGCAGUUGGAGCAGCGUCGAAGAAAUCGAAACUACAAAGGCAGAGAUAAACGAUGACGAUGACAAUCUUGAGAGAUUAAAGGAGAAUCCGCAGAUAAGGCCUGCGCGACGAAAGUCGAAAAGCAGCAAUCGCGAACUCGAAGUUUCCGAUGAUCGCGAGGAGGCUGCGCAGCUGAGGCCACUUCUAACUCCCUCCUCUUAAGCCUAUCCUCUCAAAUGUAUUUUCCUUUGGAUAAUUCAUUCGUGUGCGUGUGUGUGUGUGUGUGUGUGCGCAUGUGUGUGUGUGUGAAAUUUCAUCGCGUGUACUUAAGCGACACUGAUACACGGCAUGGCAUUUGCAGGCAAUUUCGAAAUAAGCGAGCAUCGAAUCGUUUAUUUUGCGAAUUUGAAAAACUAAAAUUAGUCGAUGAACUGCGAUAAAGAGUUUACUUUGAUAACUUGCAUUUAAUAAAACAAUUCAUGUUUGCGACACGAGAACGUAGAGGAGGUAUUUGACAAAUAACUUAUUCACAAGUAUACGUUUCGUAGGCUGAUCUCAAUCGCCUCUGACGUGUCCUAACGCUUUGUAAAAAGUUUUAGAAGAAGAUAUAUAUGAAUUUGAUCUUCGCAGAUCUUUACGCUCGACGUUAAUAUAUCGACAUAUCCUGAAAUUAUAUUUUUGUACUUUUAUUCUGCAACAUUACGUGAUGCAAUAAUGACGCAAGACCAUUCUUUACAAACAAAAACCAAAGAACUGAUCAACCGUCGGCAAACUCGAUUUCGAGAAAUUUGUUCGCUCACAUCCCAAAGAAUUAAUCGAAACGAUGUGUCGAUGAAAGUUUGCGUCAGCGAUGAAUUCGCAAAAACUCGUUAUCUACGAGUUCCGGUCCAAUUUAAUUUGCCGAACAAAUCAUAAAGACUUGUAGAAGAAAGAAGAGCGGAGAACAACGGACAGAAGUCGGACACCCGAGAAAGUUCUUUUGAUAGAAAAUGAUAACAAUUACGUCGGAAUCAAAGAAGCAAAUUCCGAAGAAUGUUCGAACGUUUAAGUUCGAAUUGGGCGCCGAGUUACAUUAUUUAAGAAAAAGAUAAAUCUCACGUUUGUGUCUUUUGUAAAUGUCAAGUUUCUCUCGGUAGUUACAAUCGCAUUUAUUGUGACGUAAAUUCCACGUUUCUUUUGUAACUGAUGUCUACGCGAUAACUAUCAGCGACAUAGAUAACGCUACAAUUAGCCAUUGUAAGUAGCCGUUGGAAUUGAUGCUCCAAAAAAUUGUUUAGGGCAUACAUGUGCGUACAAAUCUAUAUGUACAAAUAUCCUCGACGUUCUCUCUGAACGUUUGACGACGUGAUGUGGUAGAAACAUUUCUGAUGAGAAAUUGUUAAAAACAGUGCAAGAAUCGGUGCGUAUUCGCAUAUUUUGUUUACGAUUGAUAUUUACAAGCUAGUCCCUCUCAUUCCAUUCGUGUACAUUUAAUUUAUAUACAAUUCUAAUGUUAUAUAUAAUAAAUUUAGAUAUAAUAUUAAUAUAUAUAAACAUAUAUAUAUUAUUUAUAUUAUAUAAGUUAAUGGCUGUAAUGAAGAAUUAAUAAAACAUCUAUGCUUAACGCGGCGUGAAUACGGAUCACUUUCUGUAUCGGUGUUUACUUAAUUUAUAUAUUAUUACUAAAUAUAUAUAUACACUACUACUCAAUGAA